AUGUCCAGGGCCCAGGACCCAGGACCCAGGACCCAGGAUUCCGGAUUCCAGAUUCCGGAUCCUGGAUCCCGGAUUACGGAUCUCGGAUUCCGAAUUCCGGAUUCCGGAUCCUGGAUUCCAGUUUCCAAAUUCCGAAUUUCGGAUUCCGGAUCCUGGAUUCCGGAUUCCGGAUCCUGGAUUCCGGACUCCGGAUUCUGGAUUCCCGGAAGCCCGGAAGCCUUCCCGGGUCCCCUCUCAGGGCGCUCCGAGAAAGGCAGAACUGAUUCUUUUCUCCACUUCUCUCUUCCUUUAUAG